AUGAUGAAUUCAGUUAAAGUCAGUUCCCAAUCAUAUGCAUUGAAAUGGGAAGAUUUCUCCUCUCUUGAAAACUCCUAUUCUAAGAAACAUUGUUUACACUCAUGUAAUAGUUCAUCACCUGGUCUACGACAAACCCAAUUAAAUUUCUCACCAAAUCACCAAACGAAACUGUCUAAACAAUUUGAAAAUGUUAUAGAUGGUAUCGAACUUGAUAACACUAAUCGGAUUACUAAUCAAAAUGCUUCUUUGAAAUCAAAUGAACGUAAUUCAUAUCCUCAAACUUCCAUUAAACUUGAACCACCGUCAAUCUCAACUGCUGAGUCUUCGAACAAAUCUCCAAAGUCCAUCAUUACUAGCCCCACGCGAAUAAUGAAACAGGCUAUCAUAACUGAAACAGGGAUUUCACCGGCGGAAAAUGUAUUCAAAAAACCGAUCAGAAAGAAGAAAGCUGGCACUAUUAAAAAAUCACAAGUGAAACGUUCUCGUAGCGUAGAUUCACCUCAUAUCAAUAGUACCACUAAUAAUGAUAUAAAUCAAAAUGAUUCUGUCAAAUUAUCAACUUCUAAUUCUUGUCAGACAAGAACAACAACAACAACCACACGCGUUUGUAAAUCAACAACGGUCAGUCCAAAAAAGAAUUUACACGUAGCAAGUGAUGUAUAUGCUGCUACACAGAAUAAACAAAACAAAUGUAAAACACAAUUACAAACACAACUUACAUCAUAUGGAAUUAGAAAAACCGCUCGACAAUAUGCUAAAGAAAUUGAGCGUGAACGUGAAAACAAUUUUUUAAAUGCUUUAAAAAACAAUAUUGAAAGUGGUAUGAAAAUUAUACAAACUGAAGAAAAAGGUCGUGGAAUAAUUGCUACACGAACAUUUUAUGAAGGUGAAUUUGUUGUGGAAUAUGCUGGAGAUUUAAUCUCAGAAAAAUUAGCUAAACAACGUGAAGCUGUAUAUAAACAAAAUCCAGCAAUUGGUUCCUAUAUGUUCUUUUUUGUACAUGCAGGUCAACGGUAUUGUGUAGAUGCAACAGAAGAGACCUCACGACUUGGUCGACUGAUUAAUCAUAGUAGAUUAAAACCGAAUUGUAUUGUUAAAGUAAUUCCAAUUGAUGGUGUUCCUCGACUUGCACUAUUUGCACGUAAAUCAAUUUCUCCUGGUGAAGAACUACUCUAUGAUUAUGGUGAUCGUGAUAAAGAAACUUUACAACUUCAUCCAUGGUUGAAAACAUAA